CUCUCUCUCUCUCUCUCUCAGGUCCUCCUCUACAUCAGAUGGAGUGACUACCAAGUGACCUGUUCGGGGUCACUCAUACACUCUGAAUGGGUCAUCACCGCCUCACACUGUCUCCGCAGGACGAAGGACGGCACGCUGUUGACCCCCAGCGUGAAGGUACACCUGGGCGUGGUCACCAGGGACGGGGGCGGCGAGGUAGUGACGGAGGCAAGCAAGGUCAUCCUCCAUCCUAAGCUCAACUUUCUCUACGACGUGGCUCUCCUCAAGUUGGAGCGCCCUGUGGCCUUCAGCACCACCAUCCGCCCCAUCUGCCUGCCGCCGCGAAGCCUCGUGGACGUAUCUCCUGAAGGGGCCAAGCUAGAGAUCUCCGGCUGGGGCAACGACGAGACUGGCAAGAAAAGCAACGUGCUGAACAUGAUAGAAAGGACCGGGAUGUCUUCAGCCAAGUGCAAGCCUUACUUCCCCAAGUACAUCACGGAGCACCACUUCUGCACGUACGGCAACGACAGGAAGCACAUCUGCAUCGGGGACUCGGGCGGCCCCGUCAUGAUGGAGCUGGAGGGUCGCCUGGUGGCCAUGGGCAUCACCAGCUUCACGGCGACGAGUACCUGUGACGGCACGCUGCCCGACGGCCACUCCUCCGUCCCGUACUUCCUCGACUGGAUAGAGGAGGAGACGGGCAUCAAGCUGCCUUCGUGAGGGUUUAUCCUUCCUCUAAUACGGAGACACAAGUGACAACAUUGAAGUACUUUGGACAACACAAAACAGAACACAAACGCUCAGUGUCAUCCGCUCCUACCUUUUACUGUAUUUCAGAUUCAAAGAUUGUUACAUUUAAAAUGAAGUUAAACAGAGCAGCUAAAUAUUUUAAAAGUAAAUAAAUAGGGAUCUUUUCCGUUUGGCGUACAGCGCUAAAAUUAAUUUUAAUAUAGAUUUUCUUAUGUAUUUUUGUCCGUAGAAUCCGAAUAUGACAACCGUUUUAUGGAGAAACGAACAGUUUUUAAGUUAUUUUCCUUUGAAGUUAAACCAUAAUACCAUGGUGGAUUUCAAUAACUAUCUAAGAGAGGUGAGACUUACAAAAUAACCUAACCUAACCUAACCCCUAACCUAACCUAACCUAACCCAACCCAACCCCUAACCUAACCUAACCUAACCCAACCCCUAACCUAACCUAACCUAACCUAACCUAACCUAACCCCUAACCUAA